AUGAAUUCCAGAAAAUUACUCUCAGAAACACGGAGAACUUUUCCUGCUACUAAAGCACACUGCCAGCAGCCAUCGCGGGUUCUCAUCGUGGAUGUCACAUCACCCUCCUGGGCCAACACCUGCUCUGUGCUCUCUGAGGCUCUGGAAAACACUCUCUGUUUGGCAUGUGGUUUGGCAGGGCCCUGCCGUGUGCCCCUGCUGAGCCUCUACGUGGUGCAGCCCCAGCAGGAGUGUCUGCUUCCCUUCACGCAAGUGAAAGAGAACUUUGCCCGAAUCCAAGCCUGCAUCUCAGAGCUCCGCUCACUCCCAGCAGAAGGCUGUUUCCCACAGGGGGGAAAUGGAGUGGCACAAGCUGUGCAGGAUGGAUUGCAACAAUUCAAACAAUACAGCAGGCACACAGCAGCAGGAGGCUCAACAAAUAGUUCUGUUGAG